UGAGAUACAGUUUUAAUUAUAAUCAGAUAUUAGAUUGGGGUCACGAAUGCCAAUCCUAUUGUAAUAGGUAUGAAUAUUCGAGUAAAAAUCAAUUUAAUCCAACGCCAACGUCUUCUACAGCGGCAAAAGACGUCCUUCGAACACCUGUACCAAACAGCCUACCCCAAAUAACUACUUCGUAAUUCAUAUUGCCUAUUUUUUUGUGCAUGUCGACACUUAAACAAUAAUAUAAACCAAGUCUCCCUUGCUGGGUUUGGGUGUGAGUUUCUUUUACUGUUUUUCAGAUAAAAGAUCAAGAAUAUGCGAUUGCUUUAUAUCUGUAGCAAGGAAGCGACUGAGAUCGGGAGACAAGUGGCAAGUGGGGCAUGUCCUUACUGCAAAGGCAAAGUAGAAGCAGUUGAUACAGAACACAAAUGGAUGUUUUGCUGCAUCCCCAUUUCAUAUGUCAACAAACGAAAGUAUGUCUGCUCUUUGUGUUCUCGGCGUUUGGUUUUGUACGAUCAGUGAUUUUUUUGCUUGAGGCCUCAAUUGAGUUGAUCUUUAAGGUAUGUUUUGAACAAUUAGUGUUUGUAGUUAUUGGAUUUGAUACCUAUGGAGUUGAUGUCUAUCUACAUGUCUACCUGGCAUUGAAGCGGUGUAGUUCAUAAGUGAUCUUAAUGUAUUAAUUAAACAAAUGAAUGUAUUUGUGUGAUGCUAAAGUCAAAGUUCGAUACAAAAAGC